GGGGGGUCAGAUAUGUUUGGCACAUGCAUUCAGCAACUUCAAGACUUUGAGAGUUGUUAAAUGUUGAUGGAAAACAAACAGCUUUGCUACCUCCAAGAGAAUCAAUUGCAGAUAAAAACAAAAGGCUUGGGUCAGAAGAAAACAUAGAAUAACAUUUGGUUGAGUUUCUGAUGGGGUUGUUAGUUGUUUUCAGCAGUAUAAGAAAACUGACCUUUCAAGAAUGAGACCACCAAAUCUCACCCAUAACAUGUUUGAUGAAAAGGAAACAUUUAGCUUUGUAGCUGAAGUUAUGAUAUGGGAUUCUUCUUUAAAUUGACAAGGUAAGAACUUCCCUCUUUAGCUACUUUUUGACAUUUUUGGCAACCAUUUACAAAUUGAGCAUUAUAGGUUGGAGCUGAAAGCUUGCAACUUUUUGCUGUAAAGGUUCUCUUGGCAUCACACCCCAAAAUACACCUUGGGAGUCACUAAAAAUUCUCCUGACUUCACUGUGUUUCAAGUUGUGGUUCAAGACUGAAAAAAGUCUAGAUCCAUAAAAAUUCAGGGUGACUUGGGUCCUUGCAUUUCUGUAUGUCAAUGAUCAUGAUGGAGGAAGAUAAGCAACAUUUCUGUUCCAGGCUGUGUUCCAAUUUAGUCUCUUUUCUACCUGUCAUGUUGGUUCUUGUCUUCUCAUUUUUCUUCUUCUUAUCAGCUUCUGCAUCCUUCCCUUUCUUUCUUGCAAUAUCCAUUGCUCUCAUAUCUACCAUUUUUCUUGUCACACUGAGAAAGAGAAAAGGGUCUCUAGAUGAAAGUCUAGUCCAAGAUAAGCUUCAGGAAGAGGAGCUAGGGCCUUCAUUAGAUGAUACUCAAACUGAAGUUCACAAACAAAGUGAAACUAAUGAGGAUCAUGAGGAGAAAUCUGAAGCACAAUCAGACUAUUCAUUUCCUUCAGAUAGUGAAAGCAGCAAUUUCUCAAUCAUGGCUAAAACUUUUGAGCUCAAUAUUCAGGAGCUUAAGGGACAAGGUGAUUUGCAGUCAGAUUCUUCACUUCCAUCAGAUAGUGAAAGCAGUGCUGGCUCAAUCAUGGGUGAAUGUUUUGAGAUUGAUCACAAUGGGUAUCAAAAUGUGAGUAGUUCUGAUAGCUUAGCUGCUUACACUGAUGAUGACGAGGAUGACGAUGACUAUGAUGAUGAGGAGGAGGAAGAGGAUAGCUUGAUCGAAAUCAACCUCCCAAGAAGCCACUUCUCUGACUUAACUGAAGAACCUAAGCAAAAAUUGGGAUCCAAGUUACCAGACUUCCAUCAAGAAUCCAUUUUCAAGCAGCAAUGUCUCAUGGAGCUCUUAGCAGAAAUCAAUGAGAUGAAUGAGGAUGAAAACUUAAUUGAGAUUGAUAUCUCCAUGGGAUCCACUAAGAGUAGAGAUUUCCAGUUGAAGCAGGAAUUGCCAUGUUUAGGAGAUCAAUGUUUUCUUAGUGAUUGAUCCUAAUUUCAUGUAUGCUGCUAAUACAGGUUAAGUACUGGUCUUUUAACUGUUUUUCUUCUUGUUGAGGAAGAUUUUGUGCUAGUUUAUUAACUUGGCAUGUUGAUUCACCGGCAUUGAUGGUUAGAAGAUUGUGUAUCUCUGCAUAUUUAUGUCUCUUAAUGCCCAAAUUAAAAUGAGGUACUUUUGUCA